UAUUAAAAUUUCGAAACAACGGAAAAAACAAAAACAAGGCUUCUCCCAAUAGAAUAAAAGAGAGAAGAGGAGAAAAAACCAGAAACACAUUUAGUGAAUUUGAAGCAUACAAAAGAGACAACGAAGACCAUCGAUGGCAAGCACCACCGAGAUGAGCACGGCAAUUUCCAUAUCCGGGGAUAGCAAGUCCAUGGAGAACUGAGAGUGGAAUAGAGGGCAAAGUAGAAUAUACUUUUGGAUAUUAGGAGCCUCAGCUUUGUUAAAUUUGAAUCAUCCGUGGCUCCUGGGGUCAAGAGCAAGGGAGUUCUCGAAUCCUGCCAAACAGUUUCAGAUUAUGACAUAGCAAUGGCAAAGUCAGAGACAGUUGGUGCACUUAAUAAGCCUACCCCUGGUUUGGGUGGAAAACAUGGUCUAUAUUCAACCAAUGGUGUGCAUGAGUUACUUGAGUGCCCUGUCUGCACAAGUUUGAUGUACCCUCCUAUUCAUCAGUGUCCUAAUGGCCACACAUUAUGUUCUGACUGCAAGGUAAGGGUGCAGAAUUGUUGCCCAACUUGCCGCUAUGAGCUUGGAAAUAUCAGGUGUUUGGCUUUGGAGAAGGUUGCUGAAUCAUUGGAACUCCCAUGCAUAUACCAGAGUUUAGGCUGUCAUGAUAUUUUCCCAUACUAUAGCAAGCUGAAGCAUGAGCAACAUUGUCGAUUUCGUCUAUACAAUUGCCCUUAUGCUGGAUCUGAGUGCUCUGUUACAGGCGAUAUCCCAACUCUUGUUAAUCAUCUUAAGGAUGAUCACAAGGUUGACAUGCAUGAUGGGUGUACCUUCAACCAUAGAUAUGUUAAAUCAAACCCACAUGAAGUUGAAAAUGCAACUUGGAUGCUAACUGUCUUUAAUUGUUUUGGAAGACAGUUCUGUUUGCACUUUGAGGCUUUCCAGAUGGGAAUGGCUCCAGUCUACAUGGCUUUUUUACGAUUCAUGGGCGAUGAUACUGAGGCAAAGAAAUUCAGCUAUAGUUUGGAGGUUGGUGGAAAUGGUCGUAAGUUAAUAUGGCAAGGAAUUCCCAGGAGUAUCCGUGACAGUCAUAGAAAAGUUCGUGACAGCCAGGAUGGACUCAUAAUACAGAGAAAUAUGGCGCUCUACUUUUCUGGUGGGGAUAGGCAAGAACUGAAGUUGAGGAUUACUGGCCGGAUAUGGAAAGAAGAAUGAGAUCAGGAUAUUAAUGUUUAGGUGUACAGUUAAAGUUCUGAGUCCGGCUUGGGUAGCUCUUCAUGGAAGCAUUGAAGUAUGUAAUCCAAUUUCCUGUUUACAGUGGGAGUUUAUGUGAUUGAGCUCAAGGCAACUCGGCAAACUGAUAAAUCUGCCUGACUGCUGCCAUGGUUGGAUCCUUGAAUCAUUCAAUGGGGUUGAUGUAGCAGAAUGGCCAUAUUUUUCAAAUCCAUUUGUUCAUUUGGUUAUGUGGUCUUAUGCUUUACCCUUAAAGACUACCAUGAACUCCUUUGCUUCAUAUGUAUUUAAGUGCACCUAUUGCCAUCUAUUAGUUGUACCAAAUGUGUUUCUGACAUGGUGUGGUAAAGGUCAUUAACACCAUAUGGCCUGAAUUGAUGAAUACAUUUGAGACAUUAUCUUC